AAGUGUAGCUCAAGGUGUCCAUGGAAAGCAAAGUACCCCCACAGCUUGUAAAGUUGCAGCCAUGGAGGCCUACAAAUACCCAGCUUGACUUCUUCUCAUCCAGCACCAAGAAGUGAAGAUUAACUUUUACUGCUAAUUAAUUACCUAGCUAGGUAGAAACUAGCUGGUUAAUUUUGCAGCGGUGAUCAAUGGCGAAGGGCAGUGGCUGCAGCCAUGGCCUUGGGCUUGGGCUUGCUUGCUUUGCUCUUGUGGUGGCAAUGGCUGGAGCUACUCAGUUCCAGGUCGGCGGCGCCAAUGGCUGGAGCGUCCCCGGCGCCAGUGCGGAGUCGUACAACGACUGGGCGGAGAAGACGAGGUUCCAGGUCGGAGACACGCUAGUGUUCGUAUACCCGAAGGACAAGGACUCGGUGCUGCUGGUGGAGCCGGCGGACUACAACGCCUGCAACACGUCGUCGUACGUGAAGAAGUUCGCCGACGGCGACACGGCGUUCACGCUCGACCGCUCCGGCGCCUUCUUCUUCAUCAGCGGCGUCGACGCCAACUGCCGCGCCAACGAGAAGCUCAUCGUCAUGGUGCUCGCCAGCCGCAACGGCACCGCGCCGUCGCCGGCUGGCUCCGCGCCCUCCCCGCCGCCGACGUCCCCCGCACCCGCCAGCCCACCGCCGCCGUCGUCGUCUCCCUCGCCUCCCCCAGCUUCACCGCCCUCGUCAGGUGCCGGCGGCGCUACUGCUCCCGCUCCCGCCGCUCCACCGACGACGACGCCGCCGCCGGCGUCGUCACCUCCCCCAGCCGCGACCCCAAAGUCGGCGCCUGCACCACCGGCAUCGUCACCGCCGGCGCCGCCGACCGCGAACGCCCCGAGCCCGCAGGGAACCGCGACGGUGAACCCGAGCGCCACGUCGCCGCCCCCCGCCGCGAACGGCGCCGGGCGCGCCGUGGCGGCGUCAGGCCUCGCAGGCAUCAUUGGAUGCGCCGUGCUCGCUCUCUGAUCGAGGUGCAAUUAAUGCAGUAGUGAGGUGUUGCACUUGCAGCUACAUUAUUGGGGGAGGGAGAUGAUCGAUUUGUAUACGACGCGUGAGUGCGUGUGUGUAUGUAUAUCGUGUGUUUGUAUUCGUUUUCCGGUGAAUGAUGAAGAACGAAAUGAUCGAGCA